UCGUUGUCGGGCUUGUUUGCAAACGUCGAGGCGAGCGACAACUGCAAAGUAUCUUGGAUGGAGACGGGGCAGGAAGUGGUCGAUUCUCUAUACACCAUUCAACUAUCCAUUUCCAAAUCGAGCGGAGCUCUGCGUACUUAUUUUCCCAACGCCCGCUACAACGUGACCAUAAGAUCGAAACUGAAGAGUCACACGUUCACGCAAUUUUACUUCGGCGUGUGGAGCCUCGGCGACGAGGAAGCCAACAGCAACAGCAACGCCGGCAGCCUGGAGCUGAGCGAGAGGGAGCUGUCCAAGUUCCACAACGGGCCGUACUGCAUCAAUCGCGUGGUCGACGGGCCCGUCUCGCUGGCCAAGCAGAGCCUCAGCAUCGGCUGGCAGAGCCCGAAGAGUCACGAGCACUGCGUCGAAUUCAGGGCAGCGAUCAAAGAGACGGAGCUCAGAUAUCACACGGCCAAUUUGACGGUCUGUCCCGAUUCGAAGGUCAUCCUCGACGAUCCGGGCAAGCCACUGGCCAGCUGUUGCGCCUGCGACCAAGCCAAGUACAAGCUGGCCUUUGAGGGCCUCUGGUCGCGAUACACUCAUCCGAAGUAUUUUCCACGCCGGGAAUGGCUCGCCGUUUUUCCAACUGUCAUUGGUAUCUCGCACAGUCAAGAUUAUGCGUUUUGGCGGCCUUACCAAAAGGCCACCGAAGGCUUAAAAAGCUUCGUUGAAACUGGUCACACGCAUGAAUUGGAAACCGAACUCAAGUCUCAUUCUGCAAAAAUCAAUACUCUGAUAAAGUUCCGGGGUACUAAUUAUCAAAACAAAAGUCGAACUUCUUAUUCGUUACUCAGAGUCAAUCAGAAGCAACACGUUUUAUCAGUUGUUGCUAAAAUAGAUCCCUCACCGGACUGGUUCGUUGGCGUCUCGGCCUUGGAGUUGUGCCGCUCUGACUGCAGUUGGAUCGAAAGCAAAAGUUUAAAUCUCUAUGCUUAUGACGCUGGAGUGCAAAAUGGAUUGUGGUAUGAAGACAUAGGAGAAGAAACUGAGCCACAGGGUAAUAUCGAGAACAUAAAUUCAUCAUGGCCCGUAAAAACAAAUGGCAAACAAUCUCCUUUUUACGAUGAAACCAAUAAUGCCCACGAGAUACGGCCAUUGGCAAGGAUUCACUUGACUCGUUUAAGAGGCUCGGAGAAAAGUUGUCUUUCAAGCAGUCACAUAGACGACUGUACCGAAGCCUGGAGCAAAUGGAGCGAGUGCUCGGUCGACUGCGGUGCCGGAACAAUGAAAAGGCGUCGAUUAAUCAAACAAUCGAAAAUCGGACUCUGCGACGUUCCACUAGAGGAAUCAAAAGUUUGCGAAGGAGAAAAACCAAAAUGCCUGAGGGAGUUGUCGAGGGAUGAUUGCGCAGUGACCGACUGGGGUGAAUGGUCAAAAUGCACGAAGAGCUGCGGUCAAGAGACUAUCAUUCGAUCUCGUUCGUUCAAGUGGCGCGAUAAUGCCCAACAGUGCCAGGAGAAAUUCGGUAAGAUAGAAUUGGUCGAAAAAGCGGACUGCGGUAAUCCGCCUUGCCCCGAAGACAAUUACCUUUGCGUCGAUGAUCGAUACAGCAGCUGGACCGAGUGGAGCCCCUGCAGGCGAGUUCGAGAUAAGGCGAUCAGAUUCCGUCACCGAACCAUCAAGGAAAAUUUAAGAAGGGCGCAUCUGGAUGUCUUGGACGGCGACUCGGAUUACGGUUACAGCGCGUGUUUGUUCGAAAAAGAUAUUUGUCAAGAUUUUCCCACGGCCCUCCAUGCAGAAGAAACGCACGACAAUUUUAAUAAUGACUUAAAUUCAUCGUACCUAUACUCAUCUCGCAGCUCUAGACCAAGUCUUUGUUUCUUGCCGCCCGACAGUGGACAAUGUCCGGGCGGUCGAAACGACAACUCGCACAAAUACUACUACGAUCAUGAACUUGCCAAGUGUCUGCCGUUCAAGUACACCGGCUGUGGUGGCAAUGACAAUCGUUUUAAUGACAACAAAGCUUGUGCUCACAAAUGCAUCAUUCACGGGAAAAAAAUUGAUUGCGUCAUGUCCGAAUGGAGCAACUGGUCCGAUUGCAAAAGCUGCAUUGGUUUUAGGAGCAGAGAAAAAACCGUUCUGGUUCACCCAGAAAAUGGUGGCAGAAUGUGUCCUCUCACCAAAGUACACAGAGAGUCUUGUAAAAAUAUUCUCAAAAAUUGCUGAAAGUCAAAACAUUUGAAAACGUUCGAGCAUACGCGCGAAUGAACCAAACGUUAAAAUGUUAAAAAUGAAGUAUCGAAUGUCAAGGGACUGGAACAAAACAUUCGUAAGCGAAGCUCUCGUGCUUUGCCGGUAUCUGUAUAAGUAGCCGUGAGAGCUCU